CGGGCCCAGUCCCAGAGCGUUCGCGCUAUUCGAUCUCAUCUAGCAGCCAUCUAAUCGUGCGCUCGCCAUGUUGCGACCUGUUCCACGACUGAUUCUCAUCCGCCAUGGAGAGACCGAAUGGUCGAUCAAUGGCCGCCAUACUGGCCGUACCGAUAUCCCGCUCACCAAGCGAGGUGAGGAACAAACAGCGGGAAAUGCGAAGGUGCUCGUCGGGGAAGGAAAGGUGAUCGACCCGAACCAUAUCUGUAUGGUCUAUGUCUCGCCUAGAGCGCGCGCGCAUCAUACGUUCCAUCUGACUUUCGAUCACCUGCCGCAACCUCCCAAACAUACCAUCACGGAAGAAGUCAGGGAGUGGGACUACGGUGAAUAUGAGGGGAUGUUGUCCAGCGAAAUCCACGAGAAGAACCCAGGUUGGAACAUCUGGAUAGAUGGGUGCCCCGGAGGUGAAAGCACUGCAGAUAUGUGCCAUCGUGUGGACACCGUCAUUGAGAAAGUUCGUGAACACCACACGCUGUGGCACGAGGCGGGCAUAGGUUGCCGCGACGUAGUCAUCAUCGCUCAUGGACACUUCAAUCGCUGCAUGAUUGCACGCUGGAUCGACUUUCCCCUUCAUUUAGGAACGCACUUCAACGUGGAGCCCGCGGGAGUUGCCGUUCUGACCUACAAUCAUCGCAAUCUGGCCGAGCCUGCUCUCAGCGCCCUGAAUCUCUACGCGCCUCCUCAAUAGACAGGCACUGAUUGCACAUGUAAUCCGCUGUUUCUAUAAUAAUACAGCGCGUAAUCGACACUUAGACGGGGUUGCGAUCGGAGAUUACGUUGUUGGAGCUCAAGUCGACGGAAUACCCGCGAGGAUGUGUGUAAAUCGGUGCUGAGGGCAUUAAAGUAGGCGUUGGACGAUAGCUGCGACUGUACAACUUAGAGAUAGCAAUGUUUUAAUUUGCCAUACUAGGAGUGUUCCGCUGGAG